CCGCAAACCACGUGCACUUCACAAAGGCAGACGCUACACAGAAGGCGACAUUUUCAACGCAGGCAGCAGUGUGCUUCCUCGGUAUAAGUGCCAGGUGCUGACUGUCGUCUCUGCGUUGCUAGUGGGCCAUCCGCAUUCCAACUCCGUUCCGUUGCCCGAGCGCGACGCUCGCCGGUUGCGAUGAAUAUCAUAGAAUGGGCUUUCGGCAAGCGUAUGACGCCGGCAGAGCGUCUGCGCAAGCAUCAGCGCGCACUGGAAAAGACACAGCGUGAGCUUGAUCGCGAACGGACAAAGCUCGAGAACCAGGAAAAGAAGCUCGUGCAGGAUAUCAAAAAGAAUGCAAAGAAUGGCCAGAUGGGCGCUGUCAAGGUGCAGGCGAAGGACUUGGUGCGCACAAGGCGGUAUAUUCAGAAGUUCUACCAAAUGCGGACACAGUUGCAGGCGAUCAGUCUGCGAAUACAGACAGUACGAAGUAAUGAGCAGAUGAUGCAGAGCAUGAAAGGUGCAACACAGCUACUAGGCAGCAUGAACCGGCAGAUGAACCUCCCGGCUCUGCAGCGCAUAGCGAUGGAAUUUGAGAAGGAAAACGACAUCAUGGACCAGCGGCAGGAGAUGAUGGACGAUGCUAUUGACGAUGUCACGGGGUUAGAAGAUGAGGAGGAAGGCGAGGAGGUCGUGAACAAGGUGCUGGAUGAGAUAGGCGUGGAUCUGGGGCAAUCACUCGGUGAGACACCGCAAGGUUUGCAAAGCAGUGCUGUGGCAGACGGCAAGGUUGCACAAGCAAUCGGCGGUGGGGAUCCUGGGGACGAUGACUUGCAAGCCCGGCUUGAUAGUUUACGAAGAUGACGAAUUACGCUAUGCCAUAUCGAGCUCUCCUGUUGUAAGGUCGAUCCUCC